AUGGGAAACGAUUAACCUAAGCCUUAAGCUCCUAAACCUACAAUUGAUGAUGCUAUUUUGGAUAUGAAGAUGGCAUCUAAGAGAUUUGCCAAUGAAUCAAGAAGAUGUGAGAAGGAGAAGGAUAAAUUAAUGAAUUAGGCAAAAGUAGCUUUAUAGAAAAACAAUGAAGAAGGUAAGAAUUAGUUGAAUUAUUUAUAGGAGCAAAAUUAUUUCUAACAUCAGCCAUGAAUAAACAGAAGGAGGCAGAGAACUUGUAAAAAAUGUCACAUAAAAUGGAUUAUUUAUAAGGCGUAAUUAAAACAACUACAAACCAUACAAAAACAAUUGAUGUACUUGCAAAAAUUAGUCCAAUCAUGAAUUAAUAAGUAUUAAAAGUAUUAAUAUUAGAUUUAAAACAUGCCAUUAGAAAUGGUUUAUUAAAACAUGAAUUCAUUUGAGAAAGCAAUGGAUGAAAUGCAAGUAUAAGGAAACAUAAUGACAGGAAUGAUGAACUAAAAUAAUAAUAUUGGAUAAGACUUAGCAAUAGAUUAAAUGAUGGGAUAAUUAAAAUAAGAAAUACACAGUGAAGUAAUAUUUAAUAUAUAAAAUUUUAGGUGGCCAACGAUUUAAAUGCAAAUCCUAAUGUUCUCUUUAAGGAGUUAAAUCAACAGAAUCAAUAAUAAAAUGCUUAACCGAUUAGUAAUAACUAAAUUAAAUGAU